GAACUCCAUAGAGACAGCGCCGGGGCAAGUGAGAGCCGGACGGGCACUGGGCGACUCUGUGCCUCACUGAGGAAAAAUAACUAAACAUGGGCAAAGGAGAUCCUAAGAAGCCGAGAGGCAAAAUGUCAUCAUAUGCAUUCUUUGUGCAAACUUGCCGGGAGGAGCAUAAGAAGAAGCACCCAGAUGCUUCUGUCAACUUCUCAGAGUUUUCUAAGAAGUGCUCAGAGAGGUGGAAGACCAUGUCUGCUAAAGAGAAGGGAAAAUCUGAAGACAUGGCAAAGGCGGACAAAGCUCGUUAUGAAAGAGAAAUGAAAACCUAUAUCCCUCCUACAGGGGAGACAAAAAAGAAGUUCAAGGAUCCCAAUGCACCCAAGAGGCCUCCUUCGGCCUUUUUCUUGUUCUGUUCUGAGUAUCGCCCCAAAAUCAAAGGAGAGCAUCCUGGCCUGUCCAUUGGUGAUGUUGCAAAGAAACUAGGAGAGAUGUGGAAUAACACUGCUGCAGAUGACGAGCAGCCCUACGAGAAGAAGGCUGCCAAGCUGAAGGAAAAGUACGAGAAGGAUGUUGCCGCACACCGAGCAAUUUUCUCAGGCUCCGAGCAUGGACAUUUUGUACUCACUGACAUAAGGCACCUGCAGCUAUUGCCUGGAACCAACGACCUCACCAUCAAGAUAGUUGUGCAAAAGCAGCCUGCGGGCUACUGGAGCAAAAUGGUGUGGGAGCCUCCCAAAGGAGCAGCAUUGGCAGAGAUUGCCAUUAUUUGA